AUGGAUCCGACAAUGCAUACUGUUAACCCUGAGAAUAAGGGUAUCCUCAAAUUGCAGAAUGAAGUUAUUAAUAUUCGGUCCAUGUUACCAGGCCCGCUCAAUAGGGACUGCCCGAUAGUUUUAGUUCCUGGAUUCAGUGGAUGGGGACGGCCCCUCCUAGGAACGGUGAAUUAUUUCGGCGGAUUCGAGAAUCUCCCGUUGAUUUUGUCUCAACUGGGCUACGUCGUCAUUGUGGUUCGAAUUGGACCGAUCUCUACCAACAGAGAACGGGCUUGUGAGAUCUUCGCUCAGCUCACUAGUCCAGGUGGCUUUGCCCUGCCCGGGACACCACCCGGGGCACCUGGGGCCUUUGUUCCAGUAGAUUUCGGACUUGGGCAUCCAUCCCCGUAUCCGCUGUUGCUUAGGAACGCUCAAACCCCCCGAUCAGUGGUUUACGGCCCCCUUCCAGCCGGCUGGCAAUGGAGUGCUACAAAUAGGGUCAACUUUAUCUGUCAUUCACAGGGUGGCACAACUAUCAGAUAUCUGAUCGAACUAUUAUCUGGAGCAAAAGGUCCCAACUUUCCACAAUUUCUGGGCGUUGACCGUCGGAGCUGGGUCAAAUCCGUGGUCACUCUAGGUACACCCCAUAAAGGCACAACUGUGACAGACGUCGUGAAUGAUAUUCUUCCCCCUCGUGGCUUAGAUCCACUUAUAGAUUUCAUCACAUCGUGCUCAUACGAACCGAGGCAAGAUAGGAUUUACGACCUCCACCUUGAUCACUGGGGGUUUUUCCGUAACCCAGGAGAGACCUACAGCCAAAUGCGUGCGCGGAUCGCCCCCGACAUUACCGCAUGGUGGACUGGGCUACAUAAUGGACUCUACGAUAACAGUAUUCCAGGAGUAAGCAACCUAAACGCAUUCGCCCCCACUCCUUCACCCAAUAUCUAUUACUUCACUAUGUCUUUCUGUGCAACUCGCCCAUUCCCGAAGGAUACUCUUACAACUCAAGAUAUCAAUGGUUUCCUGGCAUUAUUUCCAUUAAAUCAAGUCUGGAAUCCGCUAGGGGUAUGGGGACGUGUUGCAGCUCCGUUUCAACCACUUGGAACUCGGCUCGGAGUUCUUCCGUCACUUUAUGCGGCAUUGACAUGGAUCACCGACGUGGCAAACCGCCACCUCCAGAUUAUGCAGUACUUCUCUCAAAUUCCCCGACCCGGCUCACAAAUACCCCGGCAAGACAUGCUCCCACUUAUAAUGUACCCUGCCUACGCCAUGGGAGGGAGAGGCACCACGUUGCCAGGUAUUACAUUGCAGGAGUUCCAGCAAAACGAUGGCAUUGUUAAUACCAGAUCGAUGGAUGGCCCGAGUACCGGACCCGUGAAUCAUGGAAGUUUUACGGCCCGGCUCGCCGCAGCUGCUCCUGCUAAUCUUAAGGGAAUUUAUUGGAAUUUAGGGGACAACGCGACUAUUGAUCAUGCUGAUCAAAUUGGGGUAUUCACAGAUCCUGAUACGAGCUUGGAGACCGUCUGCCAUAAUCCUACUUCUGAUUGA